UUUUUUUUUUUUCUUUAAUUUUUUUAUCAUGCCUUUAGACGAAGACGACGAUAGGAUGCAUAUGCUUGCGUCAGAAGACGACCCUUUUCACCAAACCAGCACCUUGUUGCCAUCCUCGAGAACUCAACAUGGAUUAACAAAAUCGGAAAUCGUUCAAGGCAUGGCAAACAGGUUCAUGUACUCUAAAUUUUACAUUGGCCUUUAUUUAGUACUAGCGAUACUUAGUUUUGUCACCAUUGUCAUGUCAUUAAAGGAGACUUGUCCUUCUGUAUUGUUUAUCGUAUUCGAGGCAAUUAUUAAUUUGGCCAUGAUUGUUGAAGUGACCACCAGAUUAUUGGCUCUUGGCAGAGAUUAUUGGAGGUCAUUGUGGAAUAUCAUUGAUAUCAUUUUGGUUAUACUCUGUGCGAUUACAUUGAUUGUAUUGACCACAGGAUGCUCUGUUGGAGAGAGAAGGGAAGCUAUUUUCGAUACCGUUUUAUUGGUUAUCCGUAAUGGAUUUCAAUUAUUUCGAUUAUUUAUGAUGCUCAGGAAAAAUCAAUAUUCGUUACAUGCAAGAUCCACAAGAAUUGAUUUCGAUGACAUAUCCGAUAUUGGAAGAGAGCCCUCGUUGGAAUUCACGGCAUUAGACCGUGAUCGAGGUUUGGACGAGAGUUUCCUGGAUGAUAAUGACUCUGAUGUAGAACAAGGACGAUAAACGAAUAUAAUAAAUAUUUUGUACAUAGUAUUUUGAGAGAGAAAAGAAACAGCACUUGAUGACUACCUACUAUAUCAGAUUUGAAGAGUGAUGCUUACUCCAUUAUACUUUAUGAAAAAUCAUCAAAAUCCAUUGAGUAAAAUGCCGCUCAAGGGCAGUAUAUUUAAUAAAUAUAUUAUUCCAACGAGUACCAUAGAUACUGAUGCUACGAGACAAGGUUAAUAUCACAGAAAUCUCGUAGAAACAAAAGUCUCUACAAUGAUAAUCAUAUUUGACAUUCCCUUGUUGGAUUGUAAGCUUUUAAAAGAGACGUAAGCUUUUUUUUUUUCUAAAAAAAAAAGAAUGCAGA